CCAGGUGGGAGCAGUGGGAAAGGAGAUGUUCUUCGUCUCUCUCUUGGAAGCAGGAUGAAUCUCAUGUCUAUGGCGUCAGAUCCCGAGUUGAAAUGGAUAACCCUCUGGGUCCGCAUCAGGUGGGCGGCCGUGCUGGCGCUCCUCCUGGCCUCGCUGGUGAUGCUGCUGCUCCCGCUGGCUGCUGUGGAUGACCAGUGCCACGCCGUGCUCAAAGGACUCUCCUUCCUGAAGAGUAAACUGGGCGCGGGCUCCUCGGGGGUAACCAGAUACACAGGACAAAGCACCGGGCUGAGCGUGACCUCCAAUGGGCUGGAGCUGCUGGUGCCGAAAGGCAAAGCCUCCCCAGAAGUGAAGUUAGAAGCCAAAGCAGCUCUGAACCAAGCCCUCGAAAUGAAGCGCCAAGGAAAGCGGGAGAAAGCUCACAAACUCUUUGUGUACGCCCUCAAAAUGGACCCUGAUUACGUGGAUGCCCUGAAUGAAUUUGGGAUCUUUUCUGAAGAGGAAAAAGACAUCCUCCAAGCCGACUAUUUGUACUCCAAAGCGCUAACCCUUUCUCCCUGCAACGAGAAGGCUCUGAUCAAUCGGGACCGGACGCUACCUUUAGUCGAAGAGAUAGACCAGAGGUAUUUCAGCAUUAUCGACAGCAAGGUUAAAAAAGUGAUGGCGAUCCCCAAAGGCAAUUCUGCCCUGCGCCGCGUGAUGGAGGAGUCCUAUUACCACCACAUCUACCACACGGUGGCCAUUGAAGGCAACACUCUGACGCUGUCAGAAAUCCGACACAUCAUCGAGACGAGGUACGCUGUUCCUGGAAAAAGCCUGGUGGAGCAGAACGAGGUGAUCGGCAUGCACGCGGCUCUGAAGUACGUCAACACCACGCUGGUAUCGCGGAUAGGCUCCGUAACCAUCACUGACAUCUUGGAGAUACACCGCAGAGUGCUGGGCUACGCCGACCCGGUGGAGGCAGGGCGGUUCAGGGCUACUCAGGUGUUCGUAGGACAUCACAUCCCGCCCCAUCCCCAGGACGUCGAGAAACAGAUGCAGGAGUUCGUGCAGUGGAUGAACUCGGAGGACGCCAUGAGCUUGCACCCCGUGGAGUUCGCGGCGUUAGCCCACUACAAGCUGGUGUACAUCCACCCCUUCGUGGAUGGCAACGGGAGGACCUCGCGCCUGCUGAUGAACCUCAUCCUGAUGCAGGCAGGCUACCCGCCCAUCACCAUCCGCAAGGAGCAGCGGGCCGAGUAUUACCACGUCUUGGAAGUGGCCAACGAGGGUGACGUGAGGCCUUUCAUCCGCUUCAUUGCCAAGUGUACCGAGACCACCCUGGACAUGCUGCUCAUCGCCACCACGGAACACUCGGUGGGCUUACCCGAAGCGGAUGGCAGCGCAGCUGGGUGCAAACAAACCAUCCCCGUCAAGACUUGAGGGUUGGGGG